UAUGAUUUUGACACUUUAUGGCACAAGAUGAUAAAUAAAAACAUGUGGUGACUCAAUAAAAGGAAAAUAUAUCAAAAUUAUCAGUUUUCACCGACAAUAAGCGCUGAAUAUAUUUUUUUUUAAAUUCGUCGUGUUAUCGUAAAGUUUUCGCCCGGUCGUACGGUAAAGUGCCACUUAAAUAAAAUUCCUAGUCAAAUAUGGUGCUCUAGUUUUGACGAUCUUUGGUCCCCGAUAAUUUUAGUUCAAGUUAAUUAUGGAGGAUAAGUCAAAUAUUGAAAAAAAGCUACGAUUUCGGCAAAAUUCCAAGCUGCUCUUCGGAGAGGCACAGGAGUCACUUAAAAAUGGACAGAAAAGUAGUGCAGAAUCAGUAUUUUACAAGCCAGAAAAGAACCCUUCGCUGUUCUCAUUUCUCAAAGUCGAAGUUACCAGAGACUAUAUGCUUGAAAAUGAUGAAGAGAGAUUCAGCGCAGGCCGAGAAAAGUUUUAUUCUUUCAUGAAAAUACCUAAGGAGGUGGAGAAGUUUAUGUUGUAUGGAGUGAUGCAUUGUAUCGAUAAUUUUUUGUUUGUUUAUACCUUUUUGCCUAUAAGGGUUCUACUGGCAUUAUUGGCCCUUAUUACCAGACCAUUUUCUAAAUGUUUUGGUUUGGGUGACCAAAGAAAUAAAAGAAUAUUAACCCCGGCAGAAAUCUGCGAUCUCCUUAAGGCAGUGAUAAUUUUAUUUUGUACAAUGUCUCUCUGGCUGGUGGACACUAACAUGAUGUACCACCUGAUAAAAAGCCAAUCGGUAAUAAAAUUAUAUAUAUUUUACAAUAUGUUAGAAAUUGGGGAUAAAUUGUUAAUAUCAUUUGGACAAGACACUAUUGAUGCCUUGCUUUGGACAGCCACUGAACCUAAAGGGAGAAAAAGGGAACAUUUGGGGCUCAUUCCCCAUUUGUUUUUAGCUUUGGUGUAUGUCUUAAUGCAUAGUGUCCUGAUACUGUUUCAAGCGACCACUUUAAAUGUAGCAGUAAACGCUAGCAAUAAGGCAUUGCUUACCAUAAUGAUGUCUAAUAAUUUUGUGGAACUCAAAGGGAGUGUAUUUAAAAAAUUUGACAAAAACAACCUCUUUCAAGUGUCCUGCAGUGACGUGAGGGAAAGAUUCCACUUGGUUGUACUGCUUUUUGUUGUUAUCCUACAAACGAUGAAAGAAUACAGUUGGAAACCGGACAUUUUAUGGCAGCUAAUGUUUGAUUCUAUGGCAGUGUUGAUUGCCGAAGUGUUUGUUGACUGGAUCAAACAUGCUUUUAUUACAAGAUUCAAUGAGUUACAAUUGGAUGUCUAUAAAGACUACACAACCAGCUUGGCUUAUGACUUAUCCCAAAAGCAACAAAAACAAGCAUUUUCAGGGCAUUCGGACUUAGUUGCCAGGAGAAUGGGGUUCAUCCCAAUACCACUAAGUGUGGUGGUGGCCAGGGUCUUGUUCGCCUCGAUAAGCAUUUAUAAUGUGCUUGCUAUUAUUAUAUUUUUUAUCGGCUACUUAUGCCUAUGGUCCAUAAAAAUCCUAAACAGUAUCAUAGUGUUCGGCCGCGCCUGUCGCAUAAUAACGCAACACAAACUGGAGCGCACGACCCAAAACAGUCCCGUAAACUCCGAUCGGGACAAGUAUCGUAAUAUCGCCACCAGUCCUCAACACCAACCCGUAGUAGAAAAUCAGCCGAAACGGGUGAUUUUCGAGGAUCUUCAGUCCUCGGAUUUGGGCGCGUCCGCCAUAUUCGCCAACAGCACCGUCGACUUGAAAGAGGCGAGUCUCAACGAGGAAUUAUUGAAAAUCAACGGGGAGGACAUCCGAGUGGAACAAGUUAACGAGGAAAUCGUGACGCGUAGCGUGCCCGAUAUCAAAAAAGAGUUGAACGAUAUGGUGUAUAACAGUACCGGUGAGGAACCGAUGAAAAAGAGCGAGAGCGAACCUAAUUUGGUUAAUUUAGCUGAGGGGCAAAGUAGUAAGGAGUUAUAACCGAGGGUUCGUUGGGUUUUUAUGACGAAACUGGACGAGUCAUAGUGAGGGCAGUAGUUAAUUUCCCAUGCGUUUGAGAGUGAGAGAGAGAGAGUGGCGCUAGAGUGUAGUAUUUAUUUUUAUAAUGUUUGUACAAAGAGAUGUAAAGAUUUUGUAAUAUAUUAUUAUGUCAAAUGUU